AUGAUCACCAGUCGUGGUGCUAAUACUAAUAACAACAACAGAGAAAUUAUUAAUAAUACAAAUGAAAAUACUUUGUGGCCACAAGCACACGAUAUGCAAGCGUCGUCAACCAACGCUAAUCCAGUGCUGCGUAAUAUAAACAAUGAUAUGACAAAGGGCAUUUCGCGUAAAGUGCAUCAAUGCAAGAUGCAAUUCACAUCGAACGAUCGAGGAGAAGCUAAAAUGGGCAGCGAUGACCUGCGCAUGUCGAAGAUCAUGCGGCGCCUGCACAAUGAAUCGAGCCCAGCAGCCGCUCUCGAACUUUGCAGCAAAUUGGAUAUGGCCGUACGAACUCCAAUCAAUGUUGGGUACUUGACUCGAUCUUUUGAUGUUAUUUUGGACGGGAUGCUGUCGCUGUUUAAGCAAUGCUCGCCCCUGGUGCUGGAUGAGUGCAGUAAAACUCUGGGACUGAUCGGCUAUGUUAAUCGCAUGUCAUAUCCCACCUACGAGGAUUUCAUUGUGAAGAACUUUAGAAUGCAUAAGCGCAUGCAGAAAUAUUUAAUUGUAGCUCUACAGACGACGCUCAGUUGCGACACCAAAUGCGAUCUGCACAUCUUUUCGGAGAAGAUAAUGGUCAUGCUGAAGGACUUCCUGGAGGGAGCCGAGAGCCCCGACAUCUUUAUGGGCAUAAGCACGUGCAUUGUGCAAUUCUCGCACAAUUAUCGCGAUGCUUUUGAGUGCCACUUCACCGAUGUGGUGGACAUCAUCAUUGGCUGGCAGCUGGAGAUUGGCCAGCCCAAGGAAGUGAAGACACAUUGCGCCUAUGUGCUGGAGCAGCUGACGCCGUAUUUUAGCAAACAAUUGGACUUUAGCUAUGGACUGUUAACUCAGUUCAUUGAGGAUAUAUCGGACAAGUCGGAGCGACCGGGCGAACGGAUUGGCGCCUUCGUUGGCGCCUUUAACACGCUGCUCAAAUGCCUGACCCGCAUGCACAUUACGUGCGAAUCGAUUGUUGCGCUAGCUCUGAUGCAUCUGACCAAAGUGCUGCCCGCCAUGCUGGAGAACCUGCAGGACGUUGGCGACGAUGCUCUGAUGAAUAUUAACGAGCUGUUCUGCAUUUGCUUGCUCAAUGGCUAUGCCCAUCCGGAUGCCACGACUCUCGAUAGGCUACUCCAUAUGCAGUUCGAGCAUAUAUCUCAGUUGCCACAGCCUCAACAGUUGAGUUGCCUGUACUUGUUGUUGUGCUCGGUGCGGAAGCUGCGCGCUCGCUUGCCCGCCAGCCUGGUCCAACUAAUCUUUCAGUCGGAGCCUGCAGCUGAUGCUGCCGCAAAUCAGACAUAUUUGGCAAGCAUAAGACUGCAGAACGACACGAAAGAACACAAGCUGCUGUUGCGCACCUGCCAGGAGACGUUGCUGAUUAAGAAUGUGCCCAUAUUACAGCAGGCGUACAAGCAGCUCGUGCAGGACGUUGACCAAUGCAUAGUACAACUCGCGCAGGCCGAAUCCGAUUGCAGCGAAGCGAACAUUUUGCUCAUCUUUCAUUUGGCCGCAUUGGCGGCAUUGGCCAAGCAAACGUCCUCAAUCAUUGGCAUGUAUGCCUGCAAGCCAUCCAUACUGGAGUUCCUGAUAACCAAUUGCCGUGCCGGUGAGCUUAGCAUGUGGUCGAAGUAUCCAACCACCCAUCAUGCCAUACUCGGCCUCCUUGUGGUGCACUGUCAGGCCAAUCACAAUUUUCGCAACAAUUCGAUGCUGCUGCGCGAUAGCGACAUCGACAAGAUGCACUCGGGCAACAGUCAAUCGCCGACGGCGCACAGUUUCGGGCACAUACUCAAGUUUUUGGCACACUGCUUGGAGCAGGGCGCACAGCUGGCGCCAGUUAAUCUGAAACAGCUGCUCCUCUGGACGAGAUCUUUACUGAUAGAGUGUAGCUCACUCUCCGCCACAUUGCUGCAGCAUGCGGACUUCAUUACCAUUUGCGAGAGCGUUGCCAACACAGCGGCCAAAUUUGCGCCGAUGGAGAGUGCUCUUUGCAUUCAGGCUGUGCUCGGCUAUGGCAGCUCGAAUCUGAGCCUUGAGCUGUUGCAAUUGUAUCGCGAGACGGCGCUGCAGCAGCUGCAAUCGCUCUUCACCAGCUGCCAUGAGGCGUACGCCCAGAUUUAUGCCCAGUUGCCGCUCAGUUUGACCAUCUCAAGACGCGUCACCUCUGGCAUUGGCAGCAGCCACAUUUGCGUCUGGCAGCAGCGUCUUAGCCAGUGCAGCGCCAUGCGCGAAAAUGUCUUUCGUGACUUUUUCGAACGUCUGCAGUCGCCUGAACGGCCGCCGUUUGGCGAGUGCUUGCGGAUGAUGUUUAUGCGCAGUUGCCAGGUGACGCAGCUGGAUGAACGGCAGGAGAAGUUGUCGCAGUGCACGCGCCGUUGCCAGCGCCUGGCCACCGCCUGGCUGCAGUUCGAGGCGGCGCGCUAUUGUGUCGACCAGAAGCUACGCACCACGCUGGGCAAGCCGCAGGACACGUUUCUGGCCUUCGAGGCCAUUGUGACGCGCUAUGCACGUCUUCUAAGCGGCUGUGCCAAGGACUGCGAACGACGAGCAUUCGACGAGCUGUCGCUCCAACAGCUGUCCAAUACGCGUGCCAAUUUAGGCAUGCUGCUUGGCUUCUUGGAUGCGCUGGAGAAGCUGAUCUACAAUGCGGCCGAGGGCAGCGCGUUUGCACUGCGCGCACCCGAGAAGCCGGUCAGCGCCUUCUUUCGACUCAACAAUCCCACAUGCCAGUCGUGGUUCAAUCGCAUACGCACCGGCGUAGUUAUCAUCGCGAUGCACAGCCAGCAGCCGGAGCUGGUCAUACGUUAUGCGCAGCAAAUCCUACUCACACAAAAGACGCAGGAUAGCACUUACAGCCAGGCGAUUGUCUAUUUGGCUUGGGCUUUCAUCAACUGCCAGGAAUCGGAUUCGUUGCGCGGCCUGUACGUGUGGGCGCGCUCGAAGAGCAAUAAAUGCUACAAGUGGCUGCAGCAUGCAGCAGAGCAGGCAGCCGGACGCAAAGAACUGGCUCUGGCCGGCUACAGACUCGUGCUGGCCGAGGAGCCGCAGUCGGAGUUGGAGACGCAUACGCGUCAAUUUGUGCAGGCGCAGCUGUUCGAAUGCCUGCACAGCACUGGGCAGUGGACGCAGAUUGUGGAGCUGAAAGCGCAGUUUAAGCGCGCCGGCGAGCAUAUCCAACUAAAUCCUUUCCUGCAGAAUAGCAUAACACAGCUCAGUGUGCUGGAGCAGCUGUUGGCCAAAAGCGAGGCCACAUCGGAUGAGCUAAACGCAGCGCUGCACAAGCUGAGCCUUUGGCCCAGCGGCACCGAGCCACAUGCCAGCUUCUCCGCCGGCUAUGUGCUAGAGAAACUGGAGAACAUUGUGCUGCAGCACUAUCAGUCCCGGGACGAGCACAAGCCCUUCGAGCUGAGCCGACCAGUGCAGCAGCUGCUGGACAUGAACUGGCGCGAAUGCCUGCUCAACUACAGCUGUGACCAGCAGCACUGGCAGCAACUCACGCUGCUCAAGUACAUAACCCAGAAACUUAACGGCAGCCAGCACCACGGGCAGCUCUUGCUGCUGCUGCCAAUCGACAACAAUGGCAAAGAGGAGCAGCAGCAGCAACAGCUUCACCACCAGCACCAUCAUCACCAGCACAAUAUUGGCAGCUUGAGCAGCUGCUUGUUCUUGCGCUGCGUGGCCUGGACGCAGCUGCUGCUCAAUCAGUGCAACGUCGGCAACCUGAGCAAUCUGUAUCUGGACACGGCAAUGGUGGCACGCGAGGAGGGCAAUCAGUCAACCUGCCAGGCCAUGCUGGAGCUGUUCUUUGGCCAGUCUCUGACGGAGGUUGCUGGCCAGCUGCUCACCAAGUCACUCGAUACGAACAAUGCGCAAUUGCUGCGUGGCUAUACCGAGCUGGCCAAAUGCCUGCAUCUCCAGCAACAGCAGCAACAGCAACAGCAGCAGCAGCAGCAGUUCCUGUGCAAUGAACUGACCGCCAUCAAUGUGUGCACAACACUUUGCUUGGCUAUACAAAAGCAACCGCUUCAGCCGGAACUGGCUACCAAUGUUGGAGCCGAGCUGUUGCUGACGCUCUCGGAUUGGAUAUCGGCGCGCAGCUGCAAUGGCCUGACUACCAACAUGUCUGCACACAUGCAACAGCUGCUGGAGCAACUGCCAGAGUGUCCAUUGACGCGCUGCACGGCACAGCCGACGACGCUGCCGCAUGGCGAACGAUUGGUGGCGCGCCUGAUCAACGCCAGCUUGCAGCAGCGACCGAACAACGAGGAGGCGCUUAUUGCUUACGGCAAUUGGUGCUAUCGUUGGGGCAAGAAGAUCGUCGACAGCGGCACCGUGCUCAGCCAGGUGGAUGUGUGCGCCAUUGGCGAGGCGCUCGGCGGCCAGCUGCCUUUGGAUGGCGAGACGCUGCAGGAGCUGUUGCAGGCGCUGCGCAUGGAGCCGCAGCCGGGCAACAAUUGCGAAGAGGAUGAGCUCCAAACAGAUGCACAGUGCGAGCUGCGACUGCGACGGCUUAGCGUCCUGGCCAAUAAGCCAGCCAGCGUGCUGGAGUCGAUUGUGCGCAUCUGGCGUCGGGCCAUCGCCAACACCUUUGACUACUACAAGGAAGCGGCACGCUGCUACUUCCAUUAUCUCAGCUUGAAGGCGGGCUCCGGCCAGGACAGCGUGGUGCAGCCGCUGCAGCCACGCUUCCAUGUCGACGAUAGCAAUAUGGUGACGACAACGCUGCGUUUGCUGCGUUUAAUUGUGAAGCACGCGACCGGAUUGCAGGAUGUGCUUGAGCAGGGCCUGAAGACGACGCCCAUCGGGCCAUGGAAGGUCAUUAUACCGCAGCUCUUCAGUCGGCUCAAUCAUCAUGAGCCGUAUGUGAGGAAGAGCGUUUGUGCGCUGCUCUGCCGCCUGGCGGAGAGUCGGCCACAGCUGGUCACCUUUCCCGCUGUUGUCGGCGCCAAUCGUGAGCUGCAGGCCACGCCCAUCAACAAUAGCAGCCCGAGCAAGGGAACGGGCAGCAAGAGCUAUGCCAUACUGCUCAGUGCCCUGACCAAGCAAUCGCCCGAGGUGGUGCAGCACGUCCAGCUGCUGGUCAAGGAGCUGCGACGCGUCUGCCUGCUCUGGGAUGAAUACUGGAUACACUCGCUGGCCCACAUCUACAACAGCUACGUGGGCCGCAUCAAUGGCCUGGCCAGCGAAUUCAAGCCAGACGAUCAUGAGGGCAAACAGAAUCGCUUCAAUAGCUGGCGGCCACAGUUGCUCAACGACAUGGAGGCGCUGUUGGCGUUCACUGAACGCGAGGCGGAGACCAGCUAUGAGCGCAGCUUUAAGCGGCGUUUCGAUGCGCCUAUUGCCAGCACAUUGGAGGCGCUGCGCAAUCGACCGUAUCCGGAGGCAUGGGACAAGCUGAAGCAACUCUAUCAUGUGCUCCAAUCAAAUAUGCUGCGUGGCACAAGCAACACCCUCAAAAUGCAGACGAUCAGUCCAGUGCUGUGCGAGAUUGGACGCAUGCGCAUAUCGAUGCCCGGCCUGGACGCGCACGACGAGCUGCAGCCGGUGCACAUUGAGAGCGUGGAGAGUGCCGUCUGCAUUCUGCCCACCAAGACGAAGCCCAAGAAGGUUGCCUUCUAUGGCAGCAAUGGGCAGAAGUAUACGUUCCUCUUCAAGGGCCUGGAGGAUCUGCAUCUGGAUGAGCGCAUUAUGCAGUUUCUGUCCAUAUCGAAUGCGAUCAUGGCCAGCAAGAAUGAUACGCCGCACAGCUGCUAUCGCGCCCAUCACUACUCGGUGAUACCGCUGGGCCCCCAAUCGGGCCUGAUCAGCUGGGUGGAUGGGGUGACGCCGCUGUUUGCCCUAUACAAGAAAUGGCAGCAGCGACAGCCGCAGCCGGCAACAGCUGCCACAUCGCGCCGCCUCACCGAUCUGUACUACAACAAGCUAUCGCCGUUGCUGGCCAAGCACAAUAUGCUCGUCACGGAUCCGCGUCGCCAGUGGCCAUUGUCCGCGCUGCGACAGGUGCUCAGCGAACUGCAGCAGGAGACGCCAUCGGAUCUGCUGGCCCGCGAGCUGUGGUGCCAUGCGGGCAGCGCCGCCGAGUGGCGCCAAUCGGUGCGUCGCUAUACCAGCUGCAUGGCCGUCAUGUCAGUGAUUGGCUACGUGAUUGGCCUGGGCGAUCGCCAUUUGGACAAUGUGUUAAUCAACCUGAGCAGCGGCGAUAUCGUCCACAUCGAUUACAAUGUCUGCUUUGAGAAAGGUCGCACGCUGCGCAUACCCGAGCGUGUGCCCUUCCGCCUAACCCAGAAUAUGGUACACGCCUUGGGCAUUACUGGCAUCGAGGGCGCCUACCGUCUGGGCUGCGAGUAUGUGUUGAAGGUGAUGCGUAAGGAGCGCGAAACUCUGCUCACCCUGCUCGAGGCGUUCGUCUACGAUCCGUUGGUCGAUUGGACAGUUAAUGACGAUGCAACGGCAAUGCGACGCGCCAUCAAUGCAAAACCAUCCGGCUGUGCCGCCGCCUCCAAUGAGCUCAAGUUCCACAAGAAGGACAAGGGCAAGAACAAGCUCUACGACUGGGAGGCCAAGCGACGACACUAUGUGGGCAAGCUGAAGCAGUGCCAGAAGUUUUGGGCCAAGUACAAGCUGGACAUGUUGCCUCAGCUAGCGGACAUGAUGCGAGAGAUUGAAAAACUGCAGCAGACGCAGACGCAGCGUCUGGCCUCGGAGCAGGAGCUGCUGAAGCUGAACCAGCGCAGCGCCCUGAUAGCCGAAAUCAAUUCCUUGGGCACGGCCAUUGAGAGUCACAGCUUCAAUUCGGCCUCGCCGCGCUAUGCCACCAAGCUGUAUCACAUGGAAGCGCUGGCUCGCCAAGCCAAUCUGCGCCAGCCAGACUAUGAGCUGGUGAAGGCUCUGCUGGUUAGCUACAACCAGUGCCUGGAGCAGCAAUUUCUGGGCGGCUUCAAUGUGCGCCUGAUUCACUUUAAGCUGGAGGGCAGCAGCUCGCACAAUGAGUACUUGGCCUUGGUGGAGCUGGUGCAGUGCCAUUUGCCGCCGCAGACGCUGGAGACGUAUGAGAGCACGCGCAGCCAGCUGGACGAGCUGUUCGAACGGCUCAACGAUCUGGGCCUGCAGUGUGUGGAGCACAUGCAGCAGUAUGCGGCCAUCAUGGCCUACUAUCCGGAGCAUUGCAAGCGCAACAACAUCUUCGUGCGCUUCCACGACAGCUAUGCAAACUACUUGACGAAAGCUGAGAACAGCAGCAGCAGCAGCAACAACAUCAGCCACCGAAGCAGAAACAGCUCCACGGCAGAGCCCGAUUCGGCCGAAAAGCUGAGCACCGCCCGGACUCUGGAAGCAGUACGCAUGGAUCUCAGCUGUCAGCUGCAUCAGCUGACGCAGCACUUUGCCAACGAACAGGCCCUGGCCCAGUCGCAGACGCCCUCGCACGCCCUGCUAUUGGCUAUACAGCGCAGCGGCUGUAGCCAGUCGCAGCUGAAUGCGAUGCUCCUGCACACCCUGAACAAGGCCAAUGCUGCGUUCGGCGACUACGAGCAGUCGGCCGUCGAUGAGCAAGACAUAAAACUGCUCCGACAUCAAGUGCAGCACAUUCAGCUGGUGCGAACGAUGUGCCAGAGCGUCACAGAGCCCGUCGACCAGGUCAAUGAUCAGCUAAGCCAGCUGCACGACACGCUGUCCACUCUCGUGCAGCUGCAGCACAGCUUCGAGCAUGACCUGGUCGCCAACUUGUUCCGCCUGUUGCUAUUGCCAGCCAAUCAGCAUCAUUUCGAGGCACUGCUGCAGCUAAAUAGCAAGACUUUGGCCGAACGCUACCAUCGAGCAAUGCCCUUGCAGCAGCAGCAGCAGCAGCAGCAGCAAUCCGAGCAGCUGGAGCAAUUGAAAAACCAGCUGGAGCCGAAACUAGACUCACUGCAGCAAUUGGCCAUUCCGCGAGCUUUGGAAAUUCAGUUCAUGCAGUGCCUGCAGCCCGGCUACGAGCUCUUUCAGCAGCUCGUCAAGGACUUGGAGCGGGUCGGGCGCAAUAUUAAACUGAUAAUUGACGAUGUCGAGGAUGCUUCAACAGAGCAGUUCAUGGAGCUGGGCAUAGUUAAGAACGCUGGCAACCCGUUGCCCGAGAAGUGCUACUUCGAUCUGGUGCUGCAGACGAUGGAUGCCAGCAGAAGCUGCGAUCAGCGACUGAUGUGUGUGCCCAUACAGAGCUUUGUGCAGCACCUGGAGCUGACGCAUAUUGUGGGCGCGGUGCCAUUGCUGUGUCAUGCCCACUACGCGAAUUGCUGCACACGCGGCCAGGAGAUGGCAGCCGGCGGCGGCGAUUGUGCGGAGGAUGUGCUGCAACUGUGCGAAGGCUUCUUUGCCGCGCUGCAAUUGGAAGCGACACUGCAGCAGCAGCAGUGCGAAAUCGCGCAUCUCAAUCAGCUGGUCGAAAUGCACACGCUGAUCGCAACGGCGCACUACUGGGCAUACGCAGAUGCCCUGGACAGCGAUCUGAACUGUGGCCACAUCAUUAGCCGGCAGAAGUUGUCCGAGGCAAUCAGCCAGAAUUUGCAGACGCUGGCGGACAGCUCGCUGGCUAUGGAGCGACUGAAGUGCCGCUUGGCCUCACAGCUUGACCACCUACAGAGCCAGCGCAGCAACUGGAAUCGCAAUCACAUCGACAGCCUGCUGCGCAACGAGCAGCUCCAGCACAAGCUGACCACCGAACAGCUGGACGUGAUCAAUGAGCUCAAGACAUGUGCGAGUGCGCUCUGCAACAUCGAGCAGGCGGAAGGAAUUGGCGGACAGCAGGCGAAGCUGCUGCUGGACAACAUGGACCAGUGGCUGCAAGCCUAUCAGCAGUGGGAGGUGAGUAACGCGCGCAUCAGCGCCGUGGAGCAGGCAAUUGUCCAGCUGCUGGAUCCCGAGGGCGCCAUCGAUAAGUGCUGGGUAAAGAACGUACAGGGGCUGCUUGAGGAUUACACGUGUAAGGUGCAGCGAGAGCUGUCGAUACUUGAGUCGGACCAGCAGACCAGGCACAGAGUCAUCUACACGAUGCUCAAGGAUAUGCAGCGCCACCAGGAACAGAUGCCGCGCAUUUACACGCGCAGCCUGUGCAACGACUCGGAGGAACAAGGCAAAUUGAUACCGCUGGAUGUGCAGCUGCUUUGCGGUCAUGUGCGCGAUGCACAGCGCACGCUUCUGAACUUCUUUCAGCGUGUGGUGGAACUGCGCAAGGAUCUGACCGGCGAACGACAUGUGCUGCAGCACGAUACACUCAACAGUUGGCAGCAACAGCUGCAGCAAAUCGAACAAAUGGCCAAGCACGAUGUGGAUGAGUUCUUUAGGGGCAUCGAAGACUUUCUGCAGCAUGCAGCCGAAAGUGAUUCGAUGCCAUAUGAAACGUUUACGCAUAAUAAGAUUGCACCCAAUCUCCACGAGCAGAAGCGUAAUGCAUACGGCGUGUCUGUAUGGAAGAAGAUACGCAUGAAAUUGGAGGGACGCGAUCCAGAUAGCAAUCAGCGCGCCACCGUUGCUGAACAGGUCGACUAUGUGUUACGUGAGGCCACCAAUCCGGACAAUCUGGCCGUACUAUACGAGGGCUGGACGCCAUGGGUCUAAGUCGACGCACGUGGCCACAAAUUGCCAGCAAAUGGCAAACGGGCAUAUAAAUCGCAAAUAACGAAUUAUGGAACGGGGGCCGACUGCAGUGACGGGAUGUUCGGAAGUGGAAUG